AUGCGUCCCGUCCCCUGUGAAAGCAAGGAUGAGCCUGAGCACGAGAUAUGUUUCCUUAUUUUUGCCAUUCUCUACAUUGUUUCCUACUUCAUCAUCACCAGAUACAAGAGAAAAUCAGAUGAACAAGAAGAUGAAGAUGCCAUAGUCAACAGGAUCUCAUUGUUUCUGAGCACCUUCACCCUGGCCGUUUCAGCUGGAACUGUUUUGCUGUUACCCUUCUCAAUCAUCAGCAAUGAGAUCCUGCUUUCUUUUCCUCAAAGCUAUUACAUUCAGUGGCUUAAUGGCUCCCUGAUUCAUGGCCUGUGGAAUCUUGCUUCGCUCUUUUCCAACCUUUGUUUAUUUGUGUUGAUGCCCUUUGCUUUUUUCUUUCUGGAAUCAGAAGGUUUUGCUGGCCUGAAGAAGGGGAUCCGAGCCCGUGUUCUGGAGACGCUGGUCAUGCUGCUGCUGCUCGCGCUGCUGACCCUGGGGAUGGUGUGGGUCGCAUCGGCGCUCCUCGACCAGGACGCGGCCAGCAUGGAGUCCUUGUACGAUCUCUGGGAGUUCUACCUACCCUAUUUAUAUUCCUGUAUAUCAUUGAUGGGAUGUUUGUUACUUCUCUUGUGCACACCGGUUGGUCUGUCCCGCAUGUUCACCGUGAUGGGGCAGUUGCUGGUGAAGCCAACCAUUCUUGAAGACCUGGAUGAGCAAAUUUAUAUUAUUACCCUGGAAGAAGAAGCACUCCAGAGACGACUCCAUGGACUGGCUUCACCAGUGGAAUUCAACAUAACAGAGCUGAAACAAGAACUUGAUAAUGUAAAGAUUCUGAAGGCAAAAUUAGAGAGACGCAAAAAGGCUUCCGCAUGGGAAAGAAACCUGGUGUAUCCUGCUGUGAUGGUUCUCCUCCUCAUUGAGACCUCCAUCUCGGUCCUCCUGGUGGCUUGCAAUAUUCUCUGCCUGUUGGUUGAUGAAACAGCAAUGCCAAAGGGCGCGAGGGGUCCUGGAAUAGGAAAUGCCUCUCUCUCCACUUUUGGUUUUGUGGGAGCCGCACUUGAAAUCAUUUUGAUUUUCUAUCUCCUGGUGUCUUCUGUUGUUGGUUUCUAUAGCCUCCGAUUUUUUGAAGACUUUACGCCCAAGAAGGAUGACACAGCUAUGACAAAGAUCAUCGGGAACUGCGUGUCGGUCCUGAUCUUGAGCUCUGCUUUGCCGGUGAUGUCCAGAACACUGGGGCUUCACAAACUUCACCUGUCCAACACCUCUCGGGAUUCGGAAUCCACAAAGCCUUCCGCAAAUGGGCAUCAAAAAGUGCUUUGAGGCCACACGG